AACUGAGAGAAUUUGUUUUUGUAUGAGUGGAAAAUCCUGCGUAGUUUCAACUUAGAUUUAUGCUUGGUCUGUCAGUACUCAUGGAUGCAUUUGAAAACAGUUAAGCUGAGAACCUACAUAAGGUGAAAAGAGUAAGUCUAGUAUUAGUGCCUCAUAUCGAAGUAGUGUUUCGUAGGACCAAGUGUCGAUUAAACCAUACCAACAAAAACGUCAGCAUCAGCCUUCACUUUGAGCUCAGAUAAACCUACAAUGAGCCAUCGCAAAUCAGACCUAAGCUAUACUUACAGGCCUUGAAGCAUAACUGUCACUGCCUCUCAGCAACAAGCUUUCAGGUGAAAGGUAUUGCUUAAGGUGUGCUUUGUCCAUUAAUAGUUACUGCUUCAUGGUUUUACAUGGCACGGGAGCUGUGCAUGUUCCUCACAGAAGUACCGGUGAACCAGCCUUUCAGGGUUCAGUUCUUCUGUUGCCGACCCAGUCGCAGUGAGUGUGUGUAUGUGUGUGAAUCGUGUUUAAAAGAAAGGGGUAAAUGUUCUGCUAUUCACAGAUAUCCAACACCCACAUGUGGACAGACGCACUCGGAGGAGGUGAAGCUUGUCCCUCUGGUGUUCACUGAAAGAUGACUCAGAGGUGGAGGUUCUUCUUUUCAACGCAGUUACGGCGAACUGACACCACCGUUUGAGGAUGUGUGGAGGACCGAGUGUCCGGUGAAAGAUGACACCACACUGAUGUGAAGAAGCUGGUGAUGCGGCUGUUUAACCACAGUUGAAUCAUGGGAAAUGUGGAGAGUCAGAAUGGGGACAGUGGUUUUUACAAUGAUGUGACGGGACAUCUUUCCCGUAAGCAAACGUCCCGGUCACUCCGUCUCUCCAGCAAGCAGCCAAUCACCCGCCGUCCCCGGCACUCAUCUUCUGUGAAACAAGAACACAGAAACUCAGAGGCCUCAACUCGCUCCUCCAGCACACCCAGCAUCCCACAAUCCUUAGCAGAGAACGGACUGGAACCUUUCGACGCAACAGAUGCGUUUGGAGACUUCGGCAUCAACCCUCACUGGACACAGCGCGUCGCUAUGACAAUGAGGCCAGAGUCCUAUCAAAAUGAUGACGACCCCUUAGCCACACCAACUCCUGAAACCUCAGAGGCAGACACUAUCGCCCAGGAUGGAGGAGAGGACUCCAUAGGGGAGGGGGAGGGUGACGUUGUUGGAGAGGAAAGGUACCUCCAGCGGAUGACUGAGGGCCAACGGGAGGGAGGGAGUUUUAAAAAGAAGCGGUCCAAGUCAGCGGACAUGUGGAGAGAAGACAGUUUGGAGUUCUCUCUGUCUGACCUGAGUCAGGAACAUCUGACCAGCACGGAGGAGAUAAUAGAUGGAGGAGAAGAAGAAGAGGAAGAGGAGCAGUUCACACGCCCCAGAGGCAGUGCAGGCUCUGCUGAAAGGGCAUCGUCUCUGGACCAUCUGUGCAGCCAGCAGAGUCCUGGCCUCAGGGGGCAGAGGAGCCGCUACGCUAAGAACCAGAGAGAGGCAGAGUGCGAUGGAGAUGUAGAAGGGGAGGAGGGGUUGAUGUCUCCCAACGAGGAGGAUGGUGGCGGGUAUGGAGCAUUCACCCUCCCCUGCCGACGUUCCCACUGCCUGUCUGAAGGUUUGAUGGGGCUCGGCAUCCCGGCUGCACCGUGCCCUGCUUUCCAAGGACGCCGAGCACAAACUACUCAGGACAUCUCAGGUGUUUUGGGCGAAGGAAGUGAGUAUGGCGACAGCGGCAUCGAUGGUGUUGCCACGGAGAUAGACGGGGAUGGAGAGUUGGUGUCACGGCGCUGUAAGGCCAUGUCGGCCUCAUUCUCAGUAUACUCAGCUACUGAGAGCAGUGUUUUCAAUGGGAGCGACAGCGGGAGCAGCAGUGCCGGAGGAGGAGAGGGAAGGGGUGGUGAAGGAGGCAGAGGAGGAGUUUAUGAGAAUUUCCGGAAGGAGCUGGACAAUCAAGCCUGGACGCAUCGGGGUCGGGACUGCACAGAAGAGGCUGGCUCGGCUGUCAGUGAUGAGCAGAGCAGUGGGACACUCAGUAGUGCAUAUCCAUCGGACACUCUGAUUGGCUGUGCACAAGGCACAGUCAGGAAAGCAGGGGCUCUGGCUGUGAAGAACUUCCUGGUUCACAAGAAAAACAAGAAGGUGGAACCUGCAACGAGGCGCAAGUGGAAACACUACUGGGUCUCGCUUAAAGGCUGCACUCUCUUCCUGUACGAGUCAGAUGGUCGUUCUGGGAUCGACCACAACAGUGUUCCUAAACAUGCAUUAUGGGUGGAGAACAGCAUUGUCCAAGCCGUACCUGAACACCCAAAGAAAGACUUUGUCUUCUGUCUCAGCAACUCAGUGGGAGAUGCUUUCCUCUUCCAGACAUCAGGCCAGACAGAACUGGAGAACUGGAUCACAGCGAUCCACUCAGCGUGUGCCGCAGCGUUGGCUCGGCAGCACCACAGGGAGGAUACUGUGCGACUGCUGCGAACCGAAAUCCGCAAACUGGAGCAGAAGAUCGACAUGGACGAGAAGAUGAAGAAGAUGGGAGACAUGCAGCUGUCCACGGUCACUGACGCCAAGAAGAGGAAGACCAUACUGGAGCAGAUCUUCCUGUGGGAGCAGAACCUGGAGCGGUUUCACAUGGACCUGUUCCGCUGUCGAUGCUACCUGGCCAGCUUGCAGGGCGGCGAACCGCCCAACCCCAAACGCCUCCUGGGCUUCGCUUCGCGUCCCACUAAGCUGGCCAUGGGUCGACUGGGUAUCUUCUCGGUCUCUUCCUUCCAUGCACUGGUGUCAGCCCGCUCAGAGAGCAGCAUUAAGAAGCGGAACCCGGCCACGCCUCGUACCUUCAGCAAGCGCCGCAGCCGUUUUUCCUCCCUCUGGGGCUUGGACACAACUUCAAAGAGGAAGACCACGGGACAUCCUUCAAUCAACCAGGUGUUCAUUGAUGGGAUGGAGCCAGUGAGAAAGCCUUUGGAGCACAUGUUUGAAGACUCCGCCAGUGAGAAAUCUAGGGAGAGAGAGGGCUCAGUGAAAAGUCUUCCUCAGCAAAAUGUGGACAGCGACAUUUGGGUUCCUGAUUACCUGACUCCUUCCUGGGUUUGUCUGCCGAACAAUCAGCCAGUCCUGGUCAUCGUACAGCCUGGGGAGACGGCGCUGGAAGUCCUGAGCACCGCCUGCAAGGCCCAUAAGAUAGACCCCUCCAGCCACUACCUGCGUUUGAAGGUGUGGAUUGACAGUCAAAUGCUGCUUUAUGUGCCCAAACAUGAGGAGGACAUCUCUGAUCUGCUCUACAAAGAGAUUGAGAUUUGCCCCAAAGCUACCAGGGUGAUCCAGUUUGACAAAGCCGAGUCCUGCAGCAUCGGAUAUGGUUUUUCUGUGGAGGUUAUAGAUGAAGAGGGGACACAGCAGCUCCACAUUACUGAAGUGAAACCGGAUGGACUGGCCUCAGCUAAAGGUUUGAAAGCAGGGGAUGAGAUUCUGUUGCUGAAUGGCAAACCUGCAUCUGCCCUCCGAAUGGAUGAUAUGAGGGUUGCGUUUGUGAACCAAGCGUUGACCUUGAGCGUCAGUACGCUACCUGAGCUGGACCCUCGGUUAGUCUGCCCCCUUCCACCCCGGCGCUCCGACUGGGAGCAGGAACCCGCCACAGACAUCUUCUCCCAGAACCAAGAGGACAUCCUGGAUGAGGUGUCGGGGUUGACAGUAAAUAGUCCAGAUGAGAGUUUGGAGGAGGGACCUCAGCUUAUCCUGCAGAGCCCCGGAGGUCAUCAGGACGACAAAACCUGCAUGGGGACUGGACAGAAGAGCACGGAGCAAGUCACUGCCUUCUGUCGCAGCCUCCAUGACAUGAAUCCCUUGGAGUGCCCUAUGUCAUCCACCUCAUCGUCUUCUUCGUCAUCCCUCUCCCCAAGCCCUGUGUCAGCUUUGCCGCCCACAGCAGGCAGUGCCACCCAGAGACAGCUCUCCCACGCAGACAAACUCCGCAAGGUCAUCAAUGAACUGGUGGAGACAGAGAAGACUUACGUCAAAGACCUGAGCUGCCUAAUAGAGUGCUACCUGACACCUUUGCAGAAAGAAAGCUUCCUUACGCAGGAUGAGCUGGAUGUUUUGUUCGGUAACCUCGGGGAGAUGGUGGAGUUCCAGGUGGAGUUUCUCCGGACGCUGGAAGAUGGAAUAAGACUUGUGCCAGAUCUGGACAGACUGGAAAGGGUGGAGCAGUUUAAGAAAGUGCUGUUCUCCUUGGGUGGUUCAUUCCUGUAUUAUGCUGAUCGCUUUAAGAUCUACAGCGCAUUUUGCGCCAGCCACACCAAGGUCCCAAAGGUCCUGGCUAAAGCAAAGACAGACCCAGAUUUCAAGGCUUUUCUGGCUGAGAGAAACCCCAGACAGCAACAUUCAUCCACUCUGGAGUCUUACCUGAUCAAACCCAUCCAGAGGGUGCUGAAGUAUCCGCUGCUGCUAAAGGAGCUCUACUCUCUCACCGACCCGGACAGUGAGGAACACUACCACCUGGACGUUGCAAUGAAGGCCAUGAACAAAGUUGCGAGUCACAUCAAUGAGAUGCAAAAGCUUCAUGAGGAGUAUGGAGCCGUUUUUGAUCAGCUCAUCAAUGAACAGACUGCUGAUAAAAAAGAGGUGGCUGACCUCUCGAUGGGGGAUCUUUUGCUACACUGUACAGUGGUGUGGAUCAACCCUCCAGCCUCUUUGGUCAAAAGCAAAAAGGACCCUGAUUUGGCUGCUUUUGUGUUCAAAACAGCGGUUGUAUUUGUUUACAAAGACUGCUCCAAGCACAGGAAAAAAAUUGGUGCGUCUCACCGUGCGUCUGUGAGCGAAGACAGAGAUCCUUUCCGUUUCCGUCACAUGAUCGCAACGGACUCUCUGCAAGUCCGAGCCCCUGCAAACUCUGAGGGUACGGCAGUGUGUGAGAUAGUUCACACAAAGUCUGAAUCUGAAGGGAGACCAGAGAGAACCUUCCAGUUGUGCUGCAGUUCUCCAGACAGUAAGAAGGACUUCCUGAAAGCAGUCCACUCCAUCCUCAGGGAGAAGCAGCGCCGGCAGUUUCUUAAGACGGAGUCUCUGCCACCCAACCAGCAGUAUGUGCCAUUUGGGGGCAAACGCUUGUGUGCCCUUAAAGGGGCACGCCCCGUAAUGAACAGAGCAGCAUCGGCUCCAUCACGAACGUUAGCCCGCAGGAAGCUGGUGAGGAACCGCUUCACUAUCGAUACCGACCUGGUUUUCCAUGGCAACAACAACAACAGCAACGAUUCAGACCCUUCCCAGCAGUCAUCUUAUCCGCUGCUGUCCCAGCAUACUCUUCUUCAGUCCCCAAAACCUCAAGGAGAGGAUACGGAUCGUUGGGUGGAGGAGCAGUUCGACCUGGGCUGCUAUGAAGAUAAGGGUGAGGGCAUCAACAUGGGGCAGGUGAAGGAGACGGACAUUCUGAGCGACGACGAUGAGUACUGCAAAUCUGUUCGAACCUCGUCAGCGGAACCGGCCGACCUGGACGAGAGGAUGGACGGACUCGACCUCCAAGGCGGUGAGACGAGGAGCCACAACCUGAACGGACAAGUAGAGACUGGAAAUGAAAUCGUCCAGAGUCCAAUGCAGGAGGAUGAAGUUGAUCGAAUAAAGCAUGGUGAUGAUUUGGACUCGGUAGACCCGUUCACCUCCUGUGGGGCGUCUCUGUCCCACCAUGCAACCCCAACCAUAAAGCUUGCUCCCUUGAAGCAGUGUGCUGUGGAGGGAGCCACAAACAAGGACCAUGAUGCCAUCUGGGUGCGGCGGGAUGACUUUGCCAACGGGUGCAACAGUGAUGUCUUCUAAUUAGGAGUAAUAGACGAAGAGACGAAGAAGGUGCAAGAAAAUGGGGAAGAGAUUGGAUACAAGAUUUAAGUAUGUAGAAUUUGGAGGAGAAAAUGUGUAAAGAAGGUAUUAAACCUCAGCCAGUCCUCCUUGUAUCAUUACUCAACCCACUUCUUCCCACGUCACCUGCAUGUCCCUUGUUCUGACAAUCCUGAAGUACUGGAACGCUGAGUGGGUGAGAACUUAAAUGUUGAGACCAAGAGAUUCUCAUCCGAAACUGCUUAAAAGUGGAACAGAAAGAAUACAGGACAUAUUCCCCAGGCAUUACACAAACUUUUGGAAAAAGAAGCAAUGAACAAGGCAUCACUGCAUGUACACGCAAGUACACAAGUGUGUGUAUGUAUACUGCAAGUGCUUAUAGUACACAGAAGCACAGACACGAGAGACUGUAGGCAGCUACUGUACCAUGCACACAUCGUGAAGCGACGUCAUCACUGAACUGUGAACUUGUGGCCAAAAAAUGUUUAUUUUUCAACACAGGAAUGUGGGUGUUAUAUUUUUUUGACUCAGAAACUGUGUUUGUAUUUUAACACUCAAGGGCUGUGUGUUACUGAACUUCUCUUCAGGGGCUUUUGGCUAAACGACUGCUGUGUAAAAGAUGGUGAGAUUUAACUAGCUUUAUUGUGCUUUUUAUUGUUUUAACUUAAUAUCAGCUGCACAUUGGUGUAUAGUCAGGAGUACAAUAGAGUGCCGUUGACCUCUUGUAUGAAAAAGUUUGGAAGCUCACUUUUGUCUCCUACCGUAUUAUUUGUAAAAGAUAGUUUGGACAACAGAUAGUAUACCUAUUCUUUAUUUAACUAUUGCCUUUUACUGUCAUCUUUUUAAAAUGUUUACACCCCAUUCAGCUGCCCAGUGUUACAGACCAUCUUUUGUGUGUUAGGUGCCAGAAACAGGCUCACGAGAGAGCCAAACACUUGUGCCCUUCACAUGAACUUUCAGUCUUCACUUUUUGCUGCUCAAAAUAAAAUGACAUUGUUAUUUUGUUAACUGACAGAUCUCAGCAAGGCCAUAAAUAUUCCUGGACCCGUUCUCUUCCCACACAGGUUCUCCUCAUGCUCCAUGUCCUUGAUAAAUAACAUAAUAAUUCAUACAACAAUCCUGUUUUACUUGAAAUUUCUUUGUUUUGAAAGGAGGUAUUCAACAGAGCCAUGUUAGUGACUGUACUGUAACUCCAAGAAGAAGAAGAAGAGCAACCAUGCAGUUAACCGUCAUGCUAUGAGCAGUUCAGACAUCUUCUGCUUUCUGCGGAUCCUUUGACUUUUUGCCAAGUGACGCAGCGUCGCAACCACACACACACACGCUUGCCAUCCGUGACAUUUGACAUCAGUCCCUACUGCAUUUCCGCUUCACCCCUCCUGCAUUUCUUCUUCUUUCCACAGGGCUGUGCUGUUUCACUGUAUGUCAUCACAACAACACGCUGAUUGCUGAGAUCAACACAGUCAUGCGCACCUUAAAUGGAUGUAUUGAACAUGCACUUAAUAUCCAACUGUGUGAGAGCGGGGAAAUCGGCAAGCUACUCUGAUUCAGAGUGUGAGGAGAGUGGAGGGAAAUAAUACACUUUGGAUGUUCUUAUUAUUGUCUUUUUAUGAUGCUGGUUUUAACUUACUGGGUGUGGCGCCCAGUGAGGACUUUCAGACUGUGAGGUACAAUCCCUGGCCUUGGAGGCAAAUCCUGUGAGAUUCCCUUUGACUCCUUCCUUUGUACUUUGAAAACUGUGUUCGUACACGAAACUGUGGAGUAUUAUCAUUUUUAUGUUAAAAUAAAUUUUCUAAAUUUAGCUUCGUGUGGACGUGCUCUCCGUUUUACACGUCACUCUGAAAUCCUGCCCCCCUCUGCAUCGCAACAGACAAUGGUGGGGAAAUUACAUUCACUUUAUCAAAUAACAAAAAACGAUUGAAGCCACGUGACUUUACAGUUUGAAUUAAAUAAGAUGAAAUAAAAGGUCAAGCAAUUCUGA